AUUUAUAAAUAUAUUCAUGAUUAUGGAUUAAGUUGACUUUCACAUAUACAUGGGGGCGUAUUCUGAAUAUACGUGCUUAGUUUGAUACCGAUAUUCAUUUAUAUGCUAGCGUAUAUAUUUAUAGUGAAACGAAAAUCUUCGUACUUGAAAAUUCGAUCAUUUGAUUUUUUCCGACUGUGUUGUUACUAUCACGAACAGUCAUUAUAGUUUUACUGAAAAAUUAAAUCAGUCUGAAAAGAUUAAGCAAGUUUUCACAUUCGAAUACGGAAUAACGUUAGUCCAUCGUGGUUACACAUUAAAAUCCAGAGGGCGAGAAUGCGAGAACGCGACAAUACGAUGACGACAGUGCGACAAUACGAUGGCGAGAAUGGGUGAACGCGAUUGCGAGAACGCGACAAUACGAUGAUGACAGUGCGACAAUGCCAUGGCGAGAAUGCGGGAGUGCGAUGACGAGAAUGCGACAAUACGAUGACGACACUGCGACAAUUCGAUGAGUAUGGCAGAAUCUAAGACGUUGUAUCCAGCAGUUGGCUCUUACGGUCCGUGUGCCGUCAAAGGUCUGAAAGUCGGGGAGACCAAGAAAUGGUGUACCUGCGGUCUCAGCAGCAAGAAACAGCCCUGGUGUGACGGCUCACAUAAAGGCACCGGUUUCAAAUCCAUGAAAUUUACGGUGGAAAAAGAACAGGAAGUGUAUUACAUCUGCAACUGCAAGCAGACGAAAACUCCUCCAUACUGUGACGGCUCACAUACCAGCGCUCCGGAAGUAGUCGAGAAACGCAAGAACGCAUGCGCAAAGAAAGAUGGUCAUGUGAAGGAUUGCAAACUGUGCACGAACUGCGGUUGGGUGCCCGACUUUUAAAGGGACCGUGUCUCUGCACAUGUGUGAGCCCGCCGUGUGACAACAUGGACGUUUUAUAGAAAAGGGAUAAUGACAGUACAGCAUCGGUUCCUAAUUGUAUGUUUAAGUGAUAUAUGAUGAUAUAACACCCUCUUAUCCAGAUUGCUAUUUUACGGACGUGUGUUUAAACCAGUAUAAGCAAUAAUUAUACAGUGUUAAUAUAUACAUUCAACCAUAAACCACGUCCUUGCUUAAUCAGUUAUCACAUCUCAUCAUUAAUAACAUUUGUUAUUAAUCAAGGAAUUACCCCUCUGUGCACAUUGAUGGUGGCCACAAAUACGUAAUACUUUUCUUGUAAAUAUGGGAAGCUGGAACCUUUUAUAAAUAAAGAAAAAUCCAA